GACGUGAUGGGCCGCUGACAGCGGAGGUCCUGGAGAGUCUGCGGGAGCCGGAGAGCCGAGGCAGCACCACGACUGUCGCCAGAGACUGGCUGGCAGUUGUGACUGGCUGUGGAGAGAGCCUGUGCAGAACCCGCCUCUGGACAAUAACCACAGUCUAACUGCCACUCUGGGAGGGUCCCUGCCUUCCCUGCUCAUCUGUGAUGCGUUCCCCUAGCAACGGUUUCUGUGACAUGCAAACGUUCUACUGGCAAACUGUGCAGGACACCCACUCACUGGGGUGUCUCCUGGGAAUUGAUCUUGGAUUUGAGAUUUCCUCUUGAUCUCGGGCGUGAUAUGGUCCAUGCUGUCUUCAAGAAAGAAGUUCAGCGGGCAGCUCCUCCUGAGGCCUGACUAAGCACUGAGACACUACUGGAAACUUCUGGCAGUCUUUGCUGUUGGCUUUGGGCAGGUCUCGUCACCUCUUCCUGAGUGUUAUACAGAAACAUCCCUUGGCAGCACAUGGGUCACUGUUAGUGAAUCUGUUUCAUGCUUUCUGUGUCUCUAGCAUGUCAAGGCCACUCCAGUCUUUAAAUCACUCAGAUCCAGGGAGGCUUGCUAAUAGCCAAACCCAAGAGGCCUGUGAGGUGAAGCCAUCAGAAGCCGGGCACCUAUCACAUCUGUCAGCUCAAGAAAAUGUCCCAGUGGCCUGUUUUGAUCCACCUCUUGAAGCGGUUCCUACCAGGAACCCAAUCAUAUACAACAAAAAGACAGCUGACCCAGUCCAUCCUGACCUUGCCGGCUUGUUGGUGAAAAACAAGACUCUUUUAGCUGAGGUGAGAAAUCUUCAAAGCAAACUUUUCAUAAAAGAAAGCUCAUUGCAAGAAAUGAAGACUGACUUAGAGAGUUACAAAGAAAGUAACGCCCAGCAGUCUCUACAGAUAAUGUCCCUGAGAGAUGACGUCAAGAACCUUCAGGACCUCAUUGCUUCCCUAAUGAAAAUUAAGGUUUUGAAAAACACAGAUUCUCAGAAUCUCAGAAGAGGCAGCUGGGACCUAACUGAGAGAGUUAUAGACCUCGAGAACCGCCUAAGAGAACAUCUGGUGGAAAGAGAGAAGGCAGAGCGGAAGGCAGAGCUGGAGAAAAGGUGGCCCUGCUCUGGCAGAUUCUCUCCUUGUGUGAAUCUGAAUGAACCAGAAGAUUCCUUGGAUAUUUUCCCUGUAAAGGACAAAGGUGAAGCUUCCAACUUUGAGAGAAACAUUGUUUACUCUGAAGGACCAAUUGAUAGGCAAAACAUUGGUGGUAAAUGUCAACGAGAUUUGAUCCACAAAGAAAAACUUACAUCUGAGUUCGACAGACCUCCAUAUUCCUGCAGCUGGGCAACCACUGAGCAAUCCCAUCACCAGGAUUUCCUUGGUCAGUUGGCUACUCUAUUGAGUGACAGCAUUGGUCCUAUACUAGCCACAGAGGAGGCAGUGAAAGAGAGGAUCCAGGAAAUGGGUGCAAAUGAGCAGUUGUGGAAAUCUAAAACUGAAGCACUGCAGCAGGAAAUCCAGAUGCUCACAAAGAGACUGGAUCAGCUGUACCACCUUUAUGAAGAAGCUGCCGAAAGGUCACCACAAACUGAAGAAAGUUAUAUGGGACAGAAACGACCCUUGCAGAAUCUGGAACGACAGGCUGCUGUCAACUCCUUUCUUUUAGACAUGGGCAGGAAGAAAGAAAGCUCCAGGACUCGGUCUGGCCAGACAGAUAAACACAGGAAGUUCAAACAGUUAAACAUGUUAUUGGAUAUUGAGCAGAAUUCAAAGAUGACUGCAGCCCCAAGAAUGGAGGAGAAAAUUCAGAGACUCCAGAAGCAGCUUAGUGAUUUGAAACUGUCAAAUAAAAAUAUGAAAACUCAGCUGACAAGAAUAAAUGUCCUUAAAGACAAGACAAUUGAGAGGCUCAGGCAAUCUGUAACAAAAGUUGAAACUGUGAAAGAGAAGACAGCUGCCAAAACAGACAACUUGAAAACCCCAUCAGACUCCGCCGGGCAGGCAGCGAGAUCAGAGAAGGAGGGGGUCUACCAGUCACCAGCCCGGGGUCCUCCUGAGCAUCCCACCACCAAGAGCGCACUGAAGGGGGCCUCUGGACGAGAGCAAGAGCUUGCCGACUUUCGAGAAACCAUUAUGAAGAUGCUGGGAUUUAACAUGAAGACGGCAGACAAGGAAGCCAUUAAUCAACUAAAGCUUGUCAUCCAAGUUUAUGAAAUCUCCAGCAGAUCGAAGGCAUCUUCUACUGUGAAACCAGACAGGACAAGUGAGCAAGUUCCUCCUCUACUUGCCGUCAAGAACUUAAGUACAGCUGCUCCCACAGCAUCUGGAAUAUAACUACAUUGUGAAUAAAAUGCACUGGGAAAGUUUCA